CCAAAAGUUAUCGUCUCUGGGAUAAUGCAUCGAGAAGUGCUACCGUGUUACGCGGCGUCUAUUUGCCCGAAGCCUUGCGCUCGCGUUUCGAACCAAAGAGUUAUGCCGAUCUCGCGUUCGAAGCUAUUUCGCGGACGCAAAGUGUCGACGGGAUUUCGACGUUCGGACUGUUUUUCACAAAUAAAAUGCCUCGGAAACGGUAGCAGUGGCGCACCCGCGACUCGGGAGAUUUGGCAACGCCGCCGGGCCGCGGAUCGGGACAGGCAUCUGCUCCUGCGGAGAUCAGAGGCGGCCAUGCAGCCGAGCUGCCCGUGAAAGUAUACAUAGGUAUAUACAACACGUAACAUAGUGCUCUUCCCGAUCUUUGCGCGGCUACUGCUCUCGGCUCGUUUGCUCCUCCUUGCAUACGCGCGGGCGGCCGAUACCGAGUGUUUUUACAGUGCAAUUGAACGAUAUCAAAGAGUCCUCGAGAGUGAGUGUGCGUGUGCAACGAGUCGCGGUGUCCAGGACGCGAGCAAAAGAUCGAGAGCGCAGCAGGGAGAGAGAGAGAGUGAAAGAGCGCUCCGAAGAAAUCGGCGUCGACGUCCGUGUGGCACGUAACUCGAUGCUCUCCGCGAGAGCGACAAGGACAGAGCCAUAUCUUCCAUCGCAGUGUGUGCGCGUGUGUGUCGGAGAGAGACGGGCCGACGCGCUUCUUAAUACACAUUCUCGAUCGUGUACGUCCGUCAUCCUGAGGACGACGUAGUUGAGGAAUCGGUAACUGAAGGGUGGUCGGGAGGUCCGGUUCGAGGGCCUGCAGAGAGCGGAGAAGAGAGGAGGCCGCUGGGGAAGACCGGUGGUCCUUUGUGGGAGAGGGUCGGCUGUUAGGGGGGAGAGCUGCUGCUGGUUCUUGCUGACCUGGUGCACCCGGGCGGUGGAGCCUCCGGGACCAACUCGGAGCACAAAGGAUCUUCGUGGGAGGGGCGCCAGAGGACACGCGGGUGACUUUUCUUGGGAUGAAAGUGGCCCUGGAUCCCUGGGACGUGCCUGGUGUCUGGCUACUGAGAUGAUACCGUGCACCUAAGUUUAUGAUCGUUUCAUCAGCAUCCAAUGGGGCAGUUAACGUCCAACCCAACAGCGACAAAAUGUUUUUGCCAAGGGUAACCUGACUGAGGAAUUGAAAGCUAAAAAAAAGCCCAUGGUACUUCGACGUUCUGGCAGCAAUCCUCCUAGUCUAAACAUGGAGGAACCUGCAAAAAAGAAACAAAGGAUCGACAACGACGAGGAGAACGACGAAGCAUCGGAGAUCGAGCGGCUGCAAACGAACCUGCUGUCCCACUGUUUGUGCAACGUCUCGGAGAGCAGCCUGCGCAAGCCAUUUAUCAGCAGCGGCAACGGCAACGACCGGGAAUUCAGAUCCACAGUACUGUCCGAGUGGGAGCCAGACAAGUGCCUUGAAUUCUUGAGUGCGUUACAGCUCAUGUUCGACGUGGCCAUCAAACAAAACACCAGAGGCCUCAUGUGCAGCCGCAUAGCGGACGUGUGCAAGGCUCUGGCGCGCAACGAGCACGGAAUCGUCGACCAGAUAAUCGAUCUGUCCUGCACAAACAACAAGUUCAUAUCGUUCGCCGCGAGUCGAGCUCUUGCCUCCUUCUUCAUCAUAACCAAGGAGAACGUCGACAGUUCCUGGCUGGAAAGACUCACCCAAUCACUGGUCAACACGCACUCGCCCACACAAAUGCUGUUCACCCUCGAUGUUGUCAAAACGGUAGUGGAGCACAAAGACUGCAGUAUACAUCCACUCGAGGAUGCCGAGACGUCGAAUCCACCAGCUGGAUGCAAUACCAUCCAGCUCGAGGACGCUGAGAGUCUGGAUAGCACCCCGGUCAAGGCCUUGUGCGUUAAAGCGCUGGAAUCCAAGUGGACCGUUCUCGUGUCCAAGUUCGACGCCAUUCUCAGCUCUUACACGCCACAGCACGAGUCUGCUGUCCUCACGUUCCUCGAGCUCUGGGAAUCGAUCAUUUCCGUCAAGGCUAAUCUCUCCGUCGUAGACACGAAGCUGUUUUACUCGCACCUAGAUAACUUAGUCUUACUGUUAACUCGUAACGUGCCGGGCGUCAUAUGGCGGCACUUGCUGGGCCUCCUCAACGAAGUGCUCUGCUAUGGCAGCACGCUCGCGUUGCAGGACGUGCUCCCCGACGAGCCCUGCUCCUUGGCUCACGUGGUCGUCAGAGCAGUCAAAGACUGGAGGCUCCUGGACUCGCUGCCCUACCGCCACGGAUCCGGUAGGUUCGGCGGUGGCUCUGGUGAUGGAGACCAGCCUCUCUUGCAAAAGGCCGUGCUACUGAUACUGAAGAGCGUGGCGGUAACAGUGAAGGAGACGCGCAGUGACUCGAGCGACUCGUCUCUGGCCUCGGAAGUUGACGACCUCAACGAAGACAUGGACGUGAUCGAGCGCAGCAUCCGCGAGACGCUUCGUCAAUUGGAUCAGUGCGUGAAGCUCCUGAUGCCCUUCCAUCCGGAGAUGCCGCUGUCGCAGUGGGUCGUGCAAAUGUUCCACGACCAGGACGACUUUCUGAUCGAGGGUAUGGUCUGCUGUCUGGACGUCGCCAACGGGCUAUUCUAUCGUGGCCCGCCGCAAAACGAUCUGGGACAUAUGCUCAGCCCCGCGCUUACCUUCAUCCAAUUUGUCAGAGCGGUGUCGCACGAUCACGAUGUGCUACUCGACUUUCUUGUCAGCAACGAGACGUGCUUUCUGCUUUACAUCUACAGGUUCUUGAAGUACGUCAGACGGUGCUGGCGCGAGUUCGUGACGUGCUGCGGCAGGGAUCUGGACGACACGAUGGCCGUACUCGCGAAUUUGAAACAGGCCAUCGACAGACUAGUAUCCAAGGAUCUGUUUCCAUACAAUAUCAACCCAGUACUGCGGCUGCUCGAAAAAUGCGAUGCGCUUUAUCGUGGAAUCGUAGAAAACUGACUCUAAUAUAGGCACCUUUACGUUACUUUUAAAGUAAAUUUCAUUCCGUAUACUUAUUUAUCAAACGUAGGCACGUACGUGUAUGUAUUGUACCGGUAAAAACGCAGGAUUUACGUAAACUGCAAUUUACUGUAGGUACUUGAAAGGCAUCCCGGUUAGCAAGAUUUCUAUUUUAAAGUAACGAGGAAGCCGUCUCUGUAAUAAAGUCAGCCAAGGUGUAAAUGCUAUUGUAAUAUGCUCUCUUUAAAAAUAUAAAUUUAGGUGAAAUUAAGAAUUAUAAAUAAUGCAUUAUUUAAAUCUGAUAAGCUAAUUAAUCCUCGAGUCGUAGGAAACGAAAAAUUUAUUUGAUGUAAACAAUGUAAUUUUGUAUCAAUAAUCGUCAUUGUAAAAUGAAGUUUUACAUUAAUUACGAAAAAAAAAAAAAUUAUUUAUUUACAAGUUUAAGAAAACCUUAACUAUGGUGGGACAAUCAAUUUUAUAGAACCUCAAGCUCUUACAAUGCUCGCAGUUGUGCAAAUAAAUAUUAGACUCAUUAGUUGCAUCAAUAUUGAGUACAAAAAGCAUUUUGACAAACCAUAUGUAGUAAAAGUUUUUAUAUAUAUCGUUAAUUAAUUGUAAUGGUGCUACGAAACGUGUGUAUCUCUACCAAAGCACCAUAAAAAAAUUAAAUUUGUAAUCACGUACCAUGCCUUAUCAAUUUUCCAUGUCUCAUAGUUACUUGAUUAGGUUGAAUUUUUUCAUUUUUCAAAUUGCCAAUAUUUAUUGCGGAUAGUAUUGUUAAAUACGUAAAAAUCAAUUUAAAGAAUGUAACUUUUAAAAAUUACUAGAUCAAUGUAAAUUUAUUA